UUGCGAUUCGAAUUAGUCGGGGUUCCAAUGCAGACUUCGAACACUGAGUUUAAAAAAAAAGUUGUUAGGAUAAAUAGGAUCAAGUACUCUAUUCAAUCCUCACAUUUCACAACUAACUUAGAAAGGGAGAGUUAAAAAAGAAAGAAGAGAACAAGUGGAAGGGCACACAAGGCGAUCAAAAUAAAGGAUACUCAAAGCUAUGUAUGGAAGUGGGAAUAGAUCAUCAAUUCUCCCAUGGAAUAGCUUCAACACACUUGAAGAUCCAUUUAUUUUUCAUGGACCAUCAUAUUAUGGAGAUUUAUUCAACAAAAUUAGACCUCAAUUUCCAUGUCAAGAUCAUCAUAAUGAGGUGCAAAAAGUGAUGAGUGCUCAAGAAAUAAUGGAUGCAAAGGCACUUGCUGCCUCAAAAAGUCAUAGUGAAGCUGAAAAGAGACGUAGAGAAAGAAUCAAUAAUCAUCUUGCAAAACUACGUAGCCUUCUCCCAAGCACUACUAAAACAGAUAAAGCAUCACUACUAGCUGAGGUGAUACAACAUGUGAAGGAGCUCAAGAGACAAACGUCACAAAUAGCCCAAACAAAUCCACUAAUCCCAACUGAGAUUAACGAGUUAACAGUUGAUUAUUGUAAUGAUAAUGAAGAAGGAAAUUUAAUGAUCAAAGCUUCAUUAUGCUGUGAAGAUAGGUCUGAUCUUUUACCUGACCUCAUCAACACUUUGAAAUCUCUAAGGUUAAAAACACUAAAGGCUGAAAUAACUACGCUUGGUGGACGUGUGAGAAAUGUCUUGUUCAUAACUAAGGAUCAACAAGAAGACGACAUGUGGAUCAAUGAUAAUGAUGAUGAUGAUCAAAUGCAAUAUUGUCUAAGAUCAAUUCAAGAAGCACUUAAAGAAGUGGUGGAGAAAUCUAGUGGGAAUGAUUCUGGUAAUUCAGGGAGUAUUAAGAGACAAAGAACUAGUAAUAAUAAUAUACGCUACUAAAAAGGAAAUUAUCGACUGAUAAAUUAUAUAGCUAAAUAAUAAAAUCCAUCGCUAAUUCUAUAGAGCGAUGGAUUGUCAAAAAAUUAUGUUAGCUAUAGGUAAUUUGAUGAUAGCUAAUUGCAGUAGUCUAUUUUCCUUUUCUUUAUUAGACUUCUUACAUGAAGUGUGUGCUAUUUUGGGUGUGUAUCGACCUUUUAUCAGAUUGUUUUAAACCUCUAAAACAAAAAAAUAUAUAACCAUUUUGAA